CGACCUGAAACUGUUUCCAGCGGUUGGAGUAACAUGUCUGCUGUUCAGCGUCUCAGAGAGUUUAUCACCGAGGAGGAGGAGGACAUGUUGGAGUCUGAGGAAGACUCUGGUGAUGAGGAGCCUCACAGAGCAGACGUCCCACAGCAGCAUGUCUGUGAGGAGGAGGAAAUCCUCACUGACCAGGAGAGGAGCUCCAGUGUGGAGCAGGAGGAACCAGAACCUCCACAGAUUAAAGAGGAACAGGAGGAACUGUGCAGCAGUCAGGAGGGAGAGCAGCUGGGACUGAAGGAGGAGACUGAUACCUUUAUGGUGACUACUGCUGAGGAAGGAGAGCACAGUGAACCAGGAGGAGACGGGGAGCAGCUCCUCUGUCACAGAUCUGCUGUAGCUGAGAGUCAGCAUCUGGAAGGAGGCAGGAGUGCAGACUCAGGACGUCUGAAAUUAGGAACAGAAGUGACAGCAGGAGGUUCCCCUACAUCAGAGAGUCGGUGUAACUCUGACAUGGGUAAAAAGCCUGUAAACUGUGAUAGUUGUGGGAAGGACAGAAUCCACACAGGUGAAGAGUGUGGGAAAAACUUCAGUUCUCGCUCUAACCUGAGCGUCCAUGUGAGAGCCCACACAGGCGAGAAGCCGGAUUCAUGUGAAACACGGAAAAAGGAGAAAUCCAUGUGAAAGGUGGACUGUUUCCAUGGCAACUUUCUGUCUGUCCUAGCCAAAGAUGCUCGUACAACCGAAACUCUCAAACUCAAGAACAGUUAAGAGAUGGGAGCGGUAUUCUGUGAAACAGAGUAAAGGUUUCAUUUAAAGCAGUGAAACAGGAAAAGCUGCCUGAGGUUUAAGUGAAGCUGCGCUUUCAGCAGUCACGUCUCUGUGCAGAUUAUUCAUAAACACAGUCUGAUUUUAUCUGUCUUUGCAUCCUUUUUUAUUUAUUUUAUGCUUCAAAUUGUGUAAUAAACAAAAUCUGAUGA